UUGAAUCCGCGGAUUCUGUCCCAAAUGCUCACUGCCGGUGAGAGAGGUGAAAGUUAAUCUCUCAUGGGCAUCCGCUAAAACUAGAAGAACCGUCGAAUUAAAUACAGAGGGCUUCUUUUGGCCCAUCCUGCACCAGCAAUAAAAGCAAGAAAUUUGAGCGAAAAAAUCCUAAUUUUCUAAACCUCACUCCACAAGAAAUUGGUCCCUGAAGAAAGAGAAGCAGUGUCAAUCAUUCCAGAAGAGUGAUGAUCAAAUCAACUUGGGAUACAACUUAAUUAAAUUUAAACAGUAAUUAGAGAUACUCCUUACUGUAUGAAGAAGAUAAUGGCAACAAUGUAUUUCCUAAUGGAUCAAUUGGGUUGGAAAAGAGGAGAUCACGGUGUUUGGUUAUAUGUAUUCUGCUUUCCAAAGGGUCUGAUUAAGAAGGAACUUCACUCAAUAACUACUACAAUAAUGGUAGAAAUAUCUUACAAGUCUUUCUUGGAAAAGUUUGUGAACAAGUAUGAUAAGGAAGCUCCUGAGCCUGAAGAGUAUGCUAAGAACCUCAUCCUAGCUUCCUAAGACAGCACUUGAGUGACGUGUACAUGGCUCUUUCACUCCUACUCACCAAUCCCAGUGUCUUAAGAAAGGCUCAGUGUGAGCUUGCUCCAAAGGUGGCAACGACAGAAACGUAUAGGAGGUGACAUCAAUGACCUUAUCUGCUUCCUAGCAGUUGUCGAGGAAACACUGUAUGUUGCAGCCUUUAUCCCACUCAACCUAGGGGGAUAUGAAGGGACAACAGGGCUAAAGCUGCAGUGAAAAGCCGGAUAUGCAGUUUUGGUGUCAUUAUUCUUCACCAUAUUUUUCACUGGAUAUCUUGCAUUCAAAAAGUACUCAACACUCACCAUAGAGCUAUCAAAGCCAUUGUUUUUGUCAUCUCUGUCUAGUCUUCUUAUCCAUCUGAAACCCAUUUAUCAAGCCGGUUUUAGCAACGUCUCCCUAGUCACGGCCCUCACUGAAACUAGUUAGCAGCAAGAGGAACUAAAAAAGGUUCUUUAUCACCGUUUACAGUGUAAACAUCCUUUACAAGAGAGAAGAAAUGGGGGGAGCUCUUCCAAUGCCAUUCUCCCAGUUUCCAGUAUCCAAUAAUUGUUCAACACCAGUCUACCUGAUCGGCACUGCUACUGCUCUUCGUCUUGGUGAGGUUCUUCACCAUUCCAGUCGCAAACAUAAUCUACGUUUAGGUGCUAUUCUUAGCUCCUCUUUCAAGGGACUCUCUCAUUUUAGUCAUGUAUUCGGAUCCAAAGAAGUCUGGUGUGGAAGGAAAAGCUUAUUUGAAGGUGCUGGUUUUCUUGAACUAUCUAGUUUCUCAUCUACACGCUCAUCUUGCAUAAGUUUUUUUAGCGGAAAAGAAAAUGAAAAGCACAGUGUAAGUAAGGGGCAUUCAGAUUUGGAGACAGCUAGAAGAAAUUCCUUUAAUGGACGACUAUGGACAAAUGUCCUGCUUGGACUUCAUGUCUUAUUUUUUGUGGCACAAAUGGCAACUCAUGGGAAGCUCAUGUUGUGGGGAGCGAAGAUUAACAGCCUCAUAGACAAAGGACAAUUUUGGAGGUUCGCCACGUCAUCGUUGCUUCAUGCAAAUAUUGGGCAUCUGAUGAUUAACUGCUAUUCCUUGAACUCCAUUGGUCCCACAGUCGAGAGUAUCAGUGGCGCAGGAAGAUUUCUGUCAGUUUAUUUUACUUCAGCAGUGACAAGUUCUGCAAUGAGUUAUUGGUUCUGUCCAGCACCUGCGGUUGGUGCUUCUGGGGCCAUCUUUGGACUGGUUGGGUCCUUUGCUGUGUUUGUCUUGAGGCAUAAAAGUCUUGUUGGAAAUAGGAAAGAAAUGUUGCAGCAUGUGGCACAAGUGAUUGCCCUAAACAUGGUUAUCGGUUUGUUAUCUAAAGGAAUAGAUAACUGGGGCCAUGUAAAGCUGUGCCGGCCCCUGGGCAGCAGAUCCCGCCUGCUGAGCUGGCUCCACUGCUGGCUCAGCUCUCCAGACCCCCUUAACCUACUUAGUACCCCACUUAAGACCCCCUCCACCUCCCUUCAUUCAGGGAGGGCAAUGAGAAUCAAUCCCUAGACCUUCCCUUAUGAGCUGGGAGGGCUGUUGGGUGGAGCAGCUAUAUCAUGGUUUGUGGGACCUGCAUGGGCGUAUGAAGGUAGAACUAGCGAUGGCAAAUCAGUUUUUGUUGACAAGGCCCCGCUUUCUUAUAUCACCAAAAGGAGGAGCAUA